CUCAUUCUGAUCGCUUCCUCCAUCCUCACUUCGGACCUGCUGGGAAUUUCGCUCCUGACGUUUCGGCGGCGCGGAUUCUCUUUCGAGCCUGCUCGCUCACACAGCUAGGCUGUCAUGUCUGUUCUUCUCGAGACCUCAGUCGGGGACAUCGUGAUUGAUCUAGAGACGAAACUGGCUCCCAAAGCGUGCGAAAACUUUCUCAAGCUUGGAGCAGCAAAGAAGUACAAUUUCAACUCGUUCUUCUCGGUGCAGAGAGACUUUUUGGCUCAAGCCGGCGAUCCUUCUUCCAAGCAGGAUGGAAGAGGCGGCGUGUGUUUCUGGAACACGUUGCCUCCCGACAACCCCGCAUACAGCAAGCAGCCCUACUUUGUGCUCAGGAAAGAAGAGCAGCUCAACCACCGCAGGGGUACUGUAUCGUUUGCGCUUUCUCCAAUCAAUGGACCAAGCGCAGAUGGUCAGGACGAGGAGGAAGGGCUGGCUGGAUCUCAAUUCUUCAUCUGCUUGACGGACGAUGCUUCGUAUUUAGAUGGCAAGCAUGCAGUGUUUGGGAAUGUCGUAGAGGGACAGGAGGAAGGCGGUGCGCUGGACCGCAUCAACACUGCCUAUGUGGAUGAGAAAGGAAGACCCCUGCUGGAUAUUCGUAUCAAGCACGUCGAAAUCCUUGAGGAUCCAUUCUCAGACCCUCCGGGCUACGUUCCCCCAAGCCGCACUCCCUCGCCCACGCCUUCCCAGCUUCUGAACGCCCGAGCAGAUGCGUCUGAAGAGCUUGUAGACCCCUCUACCCGUCCAGCGGAAGAGGUGGAGAGGGAAAAGCGGAAAGCAGACUCUUCAGCUGCAGCUUUGACUCUGGAGAUGGUCGGUGAUCUGCCUCAUGCGGACGUCAGACCUCCGGAAAACGUGCUCUUCGUCUGCAAGCUCAAUCCCGUCACUCGGAGCGAGGAUCUCCAGUUGAUCUUCUCGAGGUUCGGUGUGAUCAUGAGCUGUGAAGUCAUCAGGGAUCGCAAAACCGGAGACAGUCUUCAGUAUGCGUUCAUUGAAUUCGAUGAGCGUGAGCAGGCGGAACAGGCUUACUUUAAGAUGCAGAAUGUCCUCGUCGACGAUCGAAGGAUAUGGGUAGAUUUCUCGCAAUCGGUCGGCAAGCUGCACCAAAGCUGGAUGCAACAACGAACAAAAAGUCGUGCGGGGUCUAGCUCUGCCCGUGCCGAGGGCAGUCGGACGCACUAUGAUCAGAGCCGUGGUCAGCGCCAUGAUCUUCCGAGGCGUGAUGCCCCUUCGAGGACUAGAGACGACCGCAGGUACCUCGCGCAGCGCGAUCGACACGAUUCCUACGGACGAGGUGGAAAUUCGCACAGGCGACACGAAUACGGAGGCUCUCAGCAGGGACGAGACAAUGAUAGGAGAUCUCAUCGCGAUCAUCCUCACGCAGGCGACAGAGACCGAGACAGACGACGGCCUGAAGAUCGAAGCGAGUACAAUCAAAGGUAUGCUGACACUAGAAGGAAUCAUGAAUAUAGAAGACCGCGGGACCAAGAGUAUGAUGAGAGACGCCAAGAGCGACCUGGACACGAAAGAAGGGACCAUCGCUAUGCUGAACGCGAGCGCAGUCCUCGAGGGUGAGAUCGAAGGGACAGGUAGCUUCCGAACAACCGUUCGUGUUUUGAAAGGCAUCAUGCCUACGAUCUUGCGGAGGUCUGACAUUCUCAAUUACAAAUCCACAGUGUGAUUUGAAUGCUUUGCCAUCCGUGUCUGAGAUUGUUUCUAGAGCGUCCUUGCACGAUGCUGACCUCAGCGCAGAGCGUGAGGAAUGCUGAAGUGUGAAAGGGCGUUGGUCGUGAAUCAUACCGAGACCUUGAAUGAUAAUGGACCCGAUCU